GCCUGCGCGGGAUCGUGCCGGGCCCAGCUUUCCUUGGAAUCUCCCGUUUUUCCCGGGAACGGCCAAUUCCAGCCUCUCUCCGAGAGCCUCCGCCGUUACGUCAUGAGCCACUUCCGGUGGAACCAGUUCGGCCGGAAAAAUGGCAGCGACGCCGGCGCCGGGAAACGGGAAGAGGGAACCGGGAACGAUCCCGGAAUUCCCUUUUCCCACCGUCGGGAAGAGGCGGGAAAAGACGGGAAGCGCUCGUAUUCCAUGGAGCACUUCCGGUGGGGAAAACCCGUGGGGCGCAAGAGGAGGCCGGUCAAGGUUUAUCCCAACGGAGCCGAGGAGGAAUCGGCCGAGAAUUCCCAGUUGGAAUUCCGGCGGGAAGAGCCGUGGGAUGAAGAGGAGGAAGAGGAGGAGGAGGAGGAAUUCCCGAAAUUCCCGUGGAAUUCCCGGAAGGAGAAACGUUACGGGGGUUUCAUGAGCCCGGAGAGGAUCCGGACGCCGCUGGUGACGCUCUUCAAAAACGCCAUCGGGAAAAGCUUUUCCAAGGAUGGGCAGUGA